AUGUCCUCGUCCGGGGGAGACCGCAACGGUACCGUAGUUCGCUGUAAAAGUAAUGAAGAUGAGCAGCGACCAGCUCGGGACACAUCACAGUCGUACUCCGUCACUUCGCAGAUCGACUAUGCUAGGUAUUUCAGCGAUGAGGGAGCUGUGCGAACACCGGAAGACACAUAUCCGUGUUGUUCAUCUUCUGAGGCAGUGGGUGGUGGGGUUUCUGAAGGAUAUAUCUCA